CUAUCCAUACCUUGCACGUGGAUGGGCAUGGCUGGGGCGGGAACAGCACAUAGUAGCUGUGGGCUAGUCAGUGGUUCAUCCAAGUUGUUGAUGAAUAGGCUUAUAUGAAAGAAAAAAAAUCAAGUUUUUGCAUCUACAAGAUUACUGUAGUCAUCACAUUCAAAUAAGGUGCACAGGUGUAGAAUUCAACACCAGACGACUGCAGUCCGUUAGAGUAGUCAUGAAUACUAGUACCAAGGAAAUAUUACAAGUUGUGGUGCUUUUAGUGGGGUUUGUGAGUACAAUAAUGGCUUUUAUUUCAUUAUAUCAUCCAUACUGGAAGGAAUCGACCAACUAUGGCAGUGCCAUUACAACUGCCACCAUCUACGAGAACCUUUGGAUGUCCUGUGCCACUGAUACAAAUACCAACGACUGCUUUGAUUUUCAGUCGCUGCUGGCCUUACCAGGUUACAUCCAGGCAUCCCGUGCGCUCAUGAUUGCCUCAAUUGUAAUGGGUUUUUUUGGGAUCAUCGCAACCCUGGUGGGCAUGCAGUGUUCAAAGGUGGCUGGAGACAACUAUGUACUGAAAGGACGGAUUGCUGGAAUCGGUGGAGUAUUCUUCUUACUUCAAGGUCUGUGUACAAUGAUUGCAGUUUCGUGGUAUGCUUUCAACAUCACUCAAGAGUUCUUUAAUCCAGUGUACCCAGGAACAAAGUAUGAAAUUGGACAGGGUCUCUACAUUGGCUGGUCCUCCGCCACCCUGGCUCUCUGUGGCGGCUGUUGUCUACUGUGUUCGUGCAAACUGGAGUCUACUAACGAGAAAGUGCCAUACCCAUACCAGCCUCCUACUCAAUUAACAACUUAUUCUGGUCCAGUAAUGUCCCAGGGGCCGCCCAGUCAAUAUGUCAGAAAUGCUUAUGUAUAAUGUCUGACGCAGUGUGAGGAUGUAAAUUGCCAUAACAACACAUGAACAGCAAAACAACCAUGCAAAAAGAAUGCCAAAACGUCUCUUCUUCAUCAAACGUCUGUUUAUUACAUUCGUAAAAUCAAACCUUUUCAGUUUUGUUGACUUUUUGUAAAUAAUACCCAUGCUGGCUAUGGAGGGGAACUAUGCAAGAGAUACAAUUCAUGUCUUAAUUGUUUUUCAUGUUGCUAUAUUAUUUUGCUUUAUAGGUGUUGUCUUAAUCAUAAAAAAAUAAAAGGAUGAAUUGUUUUAUU